AUGAUCGAUAUUGAUGAUUCAUUACGAUUGAACAUCCUUUUAAAAACAGUACAACCAACUGGCACUUCAUCUCUUAUUGAUUAUCCUCGAGCUAUCGAUGAACAUACUCGCAUGUUGUACAUCUAUUUAGAAAGUCAAACAGACUCGUGUCGAACUCAUUCAGUCGAAGAAAUAAAAUCUCGCAAUCCAUUCAUAUCGGAGACCUUACCAACACAUGAGAUAACUAAAAUUAUUUGCGAUGCACACGCUGUUGUUGUUUUAGAAACAAAAGGAAAAUUAAUUAGAAACUUCCAAAAAUUUGCCAUUGAGUAUUGUAACGUCGUACAGUUAGGAAUUAAAAACGACUAUACAGAACAAUUAAUCAACGAUAUACUUUUCAAAAAUGAUUUUGAUAAAACUAUAUUUUGUGCAAAUGAUACUCUAAAAACCCACCUACAAGAACAAUGGAGAGAUCUUUAUUCUCAAAUGAAGAAGAUACGGGAAACUAAUCCGACAUGCAGUCUUAUCUAUGCGAACUUCACUUAUAGUCUAUGGAAUUUAGAUAGGAUGACCAUUCUAACGUCAAAAGAACCAAUGAUAAAUAAACGUGAAUCUUAUUCGAAAGCGAUUUCAAAUUCAACUAAACGAAUCGCACCUUCAGCACCACAAUCAUCAAUAGACUAUAAAUAUAUCAAUAUUCUUCUGCUGGGCGAAUCUGGAGUUGAUAAAUCAACAUUCAUUAGCGCUUUUGCUAAUUAUCUUACAUCAUACGUCUUUGGCUUUUCUCGUGGAAAACUAUUCCGUAUCAUUGAUACGCCUGGUUUUGGCGAUACACGAGGUGAUACUCAAGAUGAAAGCUAUAUUUUCGUUUAUAAGUAA